UACAUAUUAUUAUUUAUUAUAUUCGCGCAGCGCAUUUUGAUGUCCGCCUAAAUCGUUUACUGUGAUUAUUUUGAUGUUAAAUAAUAAUCUUGUUACCGUUAUAAUAUUGGGUUUGUCGUUUGUCCUUCCACCACCGUUCUUAGCCCUCGAUCAAUAGCUCACGCUCUGUAAUUGAUUUUAUACGCGGCUAACGCUCGGUUCGUGUCUUUUGUGUCGUAUCUGUUCGUUUAACAUUAUAAUAGUAAUACAACAGUAAAAUAAAAAAUGGAAAACGUCAUGAUGAUUUUGUCACAAAUGCAAAACGAUAUUCAAUCGCUUCAAUGUGACUCGCACGUAAUGAAGGAAAUGAUUCGAAAAAAUUCCAACUCCGUGAACGUUUCUAUUAGACUUUUAGCAGGUUCUUUAAAUAUAUCUCGCACAAAACUAGUUGACAUACUGACAGAAGCAGAAGCCAACCUUAAAACUGUUAAAUCGGGUGAUGUUUUUGAUUUGGACAUGAAUCCAAUGCAUUUGCACCAACCUCAGCGAAGUGAAAAUGGUUGCUCUUGCAGUCAUCAACAAAAUUUUAUGAUGGAAAUGUAUAAAAUGAUGAUGUCCAUGUUUAAUCCUAGAAAACCGUGUUGUCCUAUGGACCCUAUCGACAUUCCAUUGGCUACAUCACACGCUCAAGCACCACAUAUUUCGCCUAUACCAGUUUCCCAACAUAAUAAUAAUACUGAACAUUGUGCCGACGUCACUGAUGCGCCCAAUUUAAAGAAUCCCCAGACUCCAUGUAAUAACACAAACGACAACACUAACGGAAUCGAUAACGAUACAACCAGUAACGAUACAAUUAGUGUUGACACAAUUAGUAAUGGAACAAGUAUUGUUGACACAAUUAGCAAUGGAACAAGUAUUGUUGGCAACACUAGUACUAGUGUCGAUAUCAACAGUGUCAACAAUAACUCAAAUCUAAGACCGAUCCUUCAAGACGCAUUAGAAGCCAAAAUAAGAUAUAAAGAAAAAGAAGAACUCAGGCGUAAAUACAGUAAUAAAUACAGAUACAUGGAUAAAGUACAAUUGAAUAAGCCAAAACCUUUAGUCCAAGAACAAAACAUUGUUGAAAACAACGAUUUAACUGAUGAACAGAAAGCCGUAUAUAAAAUUUCUAACUUUUACACUAUCAGCAAGCUUAAGGAGAGGAAACGGCAUUUGACCAUUGAACCACGUAUUAUACUCAGUAAACUCGAAGAUUUUAGGACUGCAACACCUACCGAAACGAGCAACAGUAUAUUAUUGGAUAACGAAUACUCCAGAAGAUCGAUAGCUAAAACGGCGGCCAACUUACAAGAGACGACGAGGAAAAAACCUAAAAAGUAAAUUAUGUAUAAGCAUCAAUGAUAUUUUGUUAAACAAAUGAUUAAUUUAUAUUAUGUAAACUAUUAAAUGAUUAUAAUCAAUUUAUAAUUUAUUGGCAUGUAAAAAAAUUGUAUUAUACUCAUAAUAAAAUAUUAUAUUAGUUUAUUAUAUGGUGACAUAGAACACAUUUUGGAAAAAACAUAAUAAAAUAAAUAUAAUACAUAUUAUGAAAUAUAUUUAUCUACUAAAUGUAUACACCCCAAUGAAAGAUAUUUUUAUUUUAUUCACCCUCCUUUAUUGUAAAAGAUUCAAGUUGUCUAGGAGCACAUAAUAUUUUAAGUUUUGCUUUUCAAAAAAAUAAGUAUCGGGCUAUUCAGUUAUUCUUAAAGCAAUGCCACACAUGUAGAUUUUUCGUGAAAAAAAAAAAAGUUUGCAUUCUGAAUAUAUGUAUAAUACAAAAAUGAUAUAUCAAAUUCUUGACGUUGUUUUCUUAAAUUUCAUAACUAUUUUUUGGUUUAAAAAAUUGAAAAAAAUUACUUCUUGAAAUUCAAACAGUUACUUGAAUUUUAAAACUCCAAAACACACAGUUAUGCGCUCUAUUUUUAAAGAAGCUAAAAACAUUGAAAUAUAAUUUAAAAAAUGACAUAUCCUAACCCCUUAAUAAGAGGUACUAAGUGGCAUAUGUCUUAAAGUAGUUCUAUAUUAUCAAUUAUGUAAAUGUAUACAUUAAUUUUUAGACAAAAGAUUAUUUUACUCAAUUAUUUGUAUAUUAUGUUGGUAUAUCUUAAUUAUAGCCCUAUAGUUUAGUUCUAUUUUGUUUUUUUAUUUAUUCCUUAUAAUAUUUUGUUUAUUUUUUUUUAUAGUUGUGAAGUAAGUUAAUUUUUUUAAAUGUAAAUCAUGCAUGACUGAAUCAAAUCAAUAAAAUGAUUAUAAUUAUUAAUUGUGUAAUCCGAGAAUUACCAUUGCUUGUCUCUGUGUAUUUUUAAAGAUAUGUAAUAAACGAAUUAGGAGUUAUGAAUGUAAAAAGGUUUAUGUUUAUCAUAAUAUAUGAUUGAAUUAUGCAAACUGUAAUUAACUUCUUAUAUCUUUCUUUGUGACUCUAUUAUGAAUUUAUUUAAUAAUAACUAAUAUACCUUUUAGUAUAAACUAUUAAUUAUAAAUGCUUUUUCAUAAUUUUUUAGUUCUGUCAGAAAAGCAGAUAAUAUCUAUUUAACAUGCUCUUGCUUUUAACUUGGACUAAUAUUAAAAAUGAUUAUUUGUGCGUGAAAAACUAAAUUAUUUUUAAGGCCAUGUGUAAACAGUAUUAAGGCAAAGUUAAUAUACAUUUAUAGUGUGAUACAUUUCUUUUAACCUUUCCUUGAUCAAUAACUUAUAAUUUAUUAUUGAAGUAACUAGUUAAUUUUGUUUAUUUUUAGA